AUGGCGCUAAUGGCUGCGACCGUGUGUCCCGCAUUGAUUGUGCCAGUCUCAGUCACUGCUACAGCCCGUCAACAUGCUGUGUGCAGGGGGCCCAUCCGAAGCGCCUUCCUGGGAGCAUCUCCUGCCGGUUCCCUCAGACACAGCGGUGCGGUCUCCUUCACGGCCCCCAAGCUUCGAUCCAGCCGUCAGGGUUCGUCGCGGGUGGUGUGCGGGUUGUUUGGCCUGGGCGUUCCGGAGCUUCUUGUCAUCGGCGGUGUAGCGCUCGUGCUCUUCGGCCCGAAGAAGCUUCCUGAAGUCGGCAAGGGUCUAGGAAAGACCGUCAAGGGCUUUCAGGAUGCGGCAAAGGAGUUUCAGUCAGAGCUGAAGGCGGCCUCCUCGGGAGACGACGCAGCGACCACUGAUGCUGCCAAGGCUGCUAUGGGUGGUGGAGAGUACCAGUUGUCGUUCGAGACGUUCGCACAUGACGAGGACGUGCGAGGGAUUGCGGUGAUCAGCGAGGAUUGCUUUGCCACGUCAUCCCGGGACAAAACCGUCAAGCUGUGGCGGCGCGCGCCUGCGUCCACGUCAGCGGGCUCCGCAACGAGCAGCGAAUUCGGCCUGGAUAAAAACCCUCGGGAGGUGACGCAGCGGUUGGCAGGGCAUGAGCAGCAGGUGACUGGGGUCACGGCGACUGCAGCAGGGGACAUCGCCACGUGCUCUGUGGACAAGACCAUCCGGGUGUGGCGAGACGGGCACUGCCAGCAGCAGCUGUCAGGCCACGAGUCAUCAGUGCUCUGCCUUGCCGCUGCUCCCAAUGGGCUCCUCUUCUCAGGGUCAGGAGACUGCACCAUUCGGUGCUGGGACGGCUCCUCCUGCAUUAAGUCCGUCCGGGCGCAUUCAGACUCUGUGCGUGGCCUUGCACUGCUGCCAGCGGUUGGCCUCCUCUCAGCCUCCCAUGAUGGCUCGGUGAAGCUGUGGGACCUGUCGCUGCAGCCUCUGCUGGAGAUGGUGGGGCACACAGCGCUGGUGUACUCCGUGGCAUCCACGGCAGGGGGCGAGCUCAUUGCUUCCGCCAGUGAGGACGCCACUGCUCGCCUGUGGAAGGACGGCGAGUGCAUGCAGGUACUGGAGCAUCCUUCCUGCGUCUGGGCCGUCGCCUUUCUCCCUAACGGAGACCUCAUCACAGCUUCUGCAGAUGGUUGCUUCCGCAUAUGGACAAGAGACGCCGCUCGCGUGGCACCAGAGGGCCUGCGGGCCAGCUUCGAGGAGAGGGUGAAGGCCUCUAGGAAGAAGUGA